AUGUUGGCUAAAGUCAAGGGAGAAGCAAAGAUAUACUACAGUUCAGAUUCGAUAGAGGAUGAUACGAUAAACAGCAGCAGGUGGGAAGAGGAGUACCCAACUGAAUUCCUAAAUAGCUUAUCGUUCAAUGGUGUACCUGAACAUGAACUGCAAUUGAAAGUCUCCACUCCAGUCAUCCUUCUUCGAAAUCUGAAUCCAUCAAUUGGCCUGUGUAAUGGAACAAGGAUCAUGAUUACACAUUUGGGAGAACAUGUCAUCGGAGGUAAUAUCAUUGGAGGAUCGUACGACAGGACGCCGGUUGCUAUUCCUAGGAUUGUGCUCAAUAUCACUGAGCAUCGUUGGCCUUUUACCUUGAAGAGGAGACAGUUCCCAAUCAGAGUGUGCUAUGCAAUGACAAUAAACAAGAGUCAGGGACAAAGUCUUGAUAUAGUGGGGGUUUACCUAACUAAGCCGGUGUUCAGUCAUGGACAAUUGUACGUAGCAGUUUCCCGAGUACGAUCAGCUGACGGCUUGCAUAUACUGAUUGACAACGAUGGCGAAGUUCCACAAUCAUAUACUAGAAAUAUAGUAUAUCACGAGACAUUUGCUGAUGUGCACACAGCACAAACAUCACACACAGGUAAAUAA